AUUCACUUAUUUUUUAAUUUGGUAGGACUAACUUCUGUACCUAAUGCAAAUUGAUACUAAUUAAUUGUAAUAAUAUAAAUAAUACUUAUCUACAGACUACUACGACAGACGACUAUAUUUUUAUAAAUAGUAUUAUCUUUUGAUAUCACUGAGCUGGCAGUAGGUAUCAAGGUAGCAAGUAAGUAGAUAUAAUUGGCUAUAUACAUAGUAAAAGUCAUUUCAAACAUAAAAAUGUCGGGAUUAUAUUCUCUGAUCUUGGUUUCACGACGUUUAUAUUCCUCAACAUCUCAUCAUCACAUUAAAGCACAGAAGUAUGUGCUUACAAAAUAUUUUCAAGGUGAACCCAAAAAAAGCAACUUCAAAAUCAUUGAAGAAGAGCUUCCGGAAUUGAAAAAUGGGGAAAUUUUGACACAGGCCGAGUUUUUAAGCGUUGAUCCAUAUAUGAGAGCUUACAUGAUUGGAUAUAAAUUACCAACAGAUAUGAUCGGAGGGCAAGUUGCAAAGGUAAUAGCGAGCCGCAACGACAAGUUCUCAGUUGGAAGCCAUGUGUGCGGUGCGUUUGGUUGGCGGACUCAUACCGUGUGUAACCCGGAUAAAUUAAAUGAGGCUGGUUUGAUGCCCACAGUACUUGUUCCUGAUAUUACUCCACACCCGGUUUCAUUAGCUUUGGGUAUACUUGGCAUGCCGGGAAAUACAGCAUAUUUUGGUGUAAAGGAAAUUUGUCAACCCCAACCUGGAGAAACGAUUGUAAUUACAGGAGCAGCAGGUGCGGUUGGAUCACACGUUGGACAAAUUGCAAAAAAAAUGGGGUGCAGAGUAAUAGGAUUUGCUGGAUCAGAUGACAAAUGCAAUUAUUUAGAGAAGGAACUUGGCUUCGAUCGAGUUUACAACUAUAAAACUACUGACAUAAGAACAGCGCUCAAGGAUGGGGCUCCAAAACGCGUGGAUUGCUAUUUCGAUAAUGUUGGAGGCGAAAUAAGCACAACUAUUAUGAGUUACAUGAAUAAAUAUGGCAGAGUUGCUGUUUGUGGGUCUAUUUCGUCGUAUAAUGAUCUGAAGCCACCGAAAGUGUCAAUCGUGCAGCCAGCUAUAGUUUUUAAAGAACUAAAGGUAGAAGGGUUCCUAGUUAAUCGCUGGUUUGGACGUUGGAAUGAAGGCGUCGAAGCUAAUCGGAAAUGGCUUAAUGAUGGUUCCUUGAAGUAUCAAGAAAAAGUUUAUAAUGGAUUUGAAAAUAUGGUAGACGCUUUGAAUGGCAUCCUAAGAGGAGAAAACAUAGGUAAAGCUGUCGUUAAGAUAAAUAAGUGAUGUAAUAAUAUGAGAAAUAUAUAACAAGUAUGAAUAAAAUAAAAAUCACA